UGAAACCAAAAGCUGUUUAUAUAGAAAAUAUGCGAAUUCCAGCUAGCAAACAACUUAGACUUUAUUAUAAUCCAUAUUCAUAUUCUUCUCAAAAGGUCCUCAUUGCAUUGCAUGAAAAAAAUUUAUCAUUUCAAAGUUAUAUAAUAGAUGUAACGAAAUCAAAACAAUAUGAUAAAUGGUUUUUACAAAUAAGUCCAAAUGGAGAAAUUCCGGUUUUACAGGAUGGUAAUCGAAUAAUCACCCAUGCAAGAAAUAUAAUUAAUUAUCUUGACGAAUGGCAUACAACGGAAUUAAAUACUGAGUUAUUCCCUAAGGAUUUAGAAACUAUAAAAAAAGCAACACAUUUUCGGAAUAUCAUUGAUGAAAUACCAAUCACAAUUUUAACCGUUGGAUCAUUUAUUCAUAAAAUAUCGAUUGAAGAUCCCAAACCACCAUUUACUUGGUCCAUUAUACAGUAUAUAAUUAAUGGAGAAAAACAAGCGUCAACAUAUGUGCACAAAAAGGCCGAAUUAUAUCCAGAAUUUCGUGGAAGCCUUCUAAAUAAAGCCGUGUACUUAAAAAGUCAACAUGAUCAAAUUGUAAAUUUUCAAGAAUUCAAAAAAAUUAUUACGAAUUGUCAUGACGUAUUCGAUCAAAUCGAAGCUGAGUUAUCAACGAAUUCGGUUGCUAAAAAAGAAUUUUGGCUUAUUAAUGAAACAUUCACGACCGUCGACAUAAGUUUAUCCGUAUUAUUGGAACGAAUAUAUAAUAUUGGAAUAUCAAAAUUAUUUUGGGGCAAUGGUAAACGACCAAAUCUUGCAAAAUAUUUCGAACGUGUACGAAAACGUACAUCUUUUCAAAAAUCAAUGCCGACACGCUUGAUGAAUUUCCAAAUGAUGUAUGGAUUAAAAGUAUGUCUGGCAUAUAUUACAGGACUUACAUGCACAUUAGGUGUAAUGCUUUCAAAACGUUACAAAUAAAAUUC